GACUGUGCACUUGUGUCCACCGCUAUUUUCUCCUGGUAUUGGUGCAAUACGCUACCCUGAUUACUUACCGCUCUCUAAGUUCUUGUCGACCUUACCCGCCCCUGGCGAGCUGAAAUCAUCAACGAGAUUGAUAAUUCCCGCCCGUGCUGGCGUCCCGUCCCUGCAAAUCAACCUAAUCGUGUAUAGCCACCCAUCCGUUGGGCUCUGCUGCCAUGUCUGAGUCAACUAGCACAAAUACUCCGAAGCCGAGUAGUAGCGUGAAGCUGGUACUUUUGGGCGAGGCGGCGGUUGGAAAGUCAUCGCUAGUUCUGCGAUUUGUCAACAAUGACUUUCAAGAAAACAAAGAGCCGACUAUUGGAGCUGCCUUCUUGACUCAGAAAUGCUCCCUCCCGACCCGGACGAUCAAGUUCGAAAUCUGGGAUACAGCCGGUCAGGAGCGAUUCGCCUCGCUUGCCCCCAUGUACUACCGUAACGCUCAGGCGGCGCUGGUAGUCUACGAUGUUACCAAACCAUCUUCCCUUACAAAAGCCAAACACUGGGUCGCCGAACUACAGCGGCAAGCCAGCCCUGGGAUUGUGAUCGCCCUCGUCGGCAAUAAGCUGGACUUGACCAACGACGGGAACGAAGCUUCUGGGGAGUCACAGGUGGAUGGCGAACAGCAACCCCCUGCUGCUACUGCUGACGAAGAUGACGCGGCUGGUGAACCUCAGGAGGAGCAAUAUACCACUCCCGGAGAUGCCCGGAAGGUCUCGACACGGGAGGCUAGUUCAUAUGCGGACGAAGAAGGCCUACUGUUCUUCGAGACUAGCGCUAAGACGGGUGUGAACGUUGUGGAGGUCUUCACUGCCAUUGCCAAUGCUAUUCCAGAGAGCAGUUUGAAGAGUGGACGCGGAGCUGGCGCCGGUACGGGCCAGACUACUUUGGGAGCUGGCCGUCCCGCGGAGGACUCGCGAGUCAACCUGGGAGACCGGUCUACUGCCACUGCCAAAGAAGGUUGUGCUUGUUAAUUCAGGCUGUGUGUCUGCUCUACAGUCCGUAAUGUUUGUUCUUCCAUGCAGCAAUCUCGUGACUAGGUUUGAUUACAGAGUAACUACCUAGGAUGUUUGGGACAGUGCCGCACCAAGGGCGGUUUGAAGGCAUGGCGUGUCAUCAUUGUAGUUUCUCAUAUCCCGGCGUCAACCUGUGUUUUCGUUUAUGUUUGUGCUUCAUCCCGGAUCUUGAUGCCUUUUCAUUUCUGUUCUGUUUCUGUUUUUUUUAAACCCCCCCAGAUUCUCUGACACUCAGCGAGAGGUCUUUGUCUUUAUCAUUAUGUAUAGGUUUCCCCGGAUGUUGUACUGGUAGGAAUUCGGUAUUCUCACCGUGUGAAGGGUUAUUUUCUUUAACCAUUUUUUCAGUUACCUCCUGCUAUCACAGAUGGGGUGGGAUGCCAUUGAGCAUCUGUACCAAGUAGAGGAUAGUUCUCUAUGGAGCCUAUGUUCUAGUAAUAUCAUAGACGAUAAUAACUG